GCCCACGUGCCUACGAUGACGCCCCCCGCGCUUUCCCAGCAUGCACCGGGGUGAUGUCCGAGGAAAGAUGGCGGAAGGCGGAGCGGCAGAUCUGGAUACUCAGAGAGUCGAGGUCGCGGCGCUGCUGAAGACGCAGCUGAGGAAGGGAGACACCUGGUACCUGGUGGACAGUCACUGGUUCAAACAGUGGAAGAAAUAUGUGGGAUUUGACAGUUGGGACAAAUACCAGAUGGGGGACCAGAAUGUCUACCCAGGACCGGUUGAUAACUCCGGGCUACUCAGAGAUGGGGACGUGCUGGCCAUCAAGGAGCACCUCAUCGAUGAGCUCGACUACGUCCUGGUCCCCACAGAGGGCUGGAAUAAACUCGUCAGCUGGUAUGGGUUGACGGAGAAUCAAGAGCCAAUUGCACGCAAGGUGGUGGAACAGGGUAUGUUCGUGAAGCACUGCAAGGUGGAGGUGUACCUGACGGAGCUGAAGCUGUGUGAAGACAGCAACAUGGACAAUGUGAUCACCAGGCGCUUCAGUAAAGCCGACACAAUAGACCUGAUUGAGAAGGAGAUGAGGAAGCUGUUCAGCAUCGCCGAUGAGAAGGAGACCAGGCUGUGGAACCGUUACAUGAGCAACACCUUCGAGCCUCUCAACAAACCCGACAGCACCAUUCAAGACGCCGGCCUCUACCAAGGACAGGUUCUCGUAAUAGAGCAGAAAGCCGAGGAUGGCACAUGGCCCCGAGGCUCCACGGCACCCAAGUCAUCUGGUGCUUCCAAUCUCUCUGCUUUGCCAAAGAUCUCGCCUUCAUCUCUCACAAACAAUCAUAACAGCAGCUUCAACAGCAGGAAUGUGAAGAAUUCAAGCUAUAGUCUACCGUCCUACCACCCCUACAGCAGCAGCUAUGACUACUCGGACCAGAGCAGGCAGAGUGAGCGCUCGGGCCUCUGUGGACUCUCCAACCUGGGCAACACCUGCUUCAUGAACUCUGCUGUGCAGUGUUUAAGCAAUAUCCCUCCUCUGACGGAGUACUUCCUCAAAGACAAGUUCACAGAGGAGCUGAACGAGGACAACCCGCUGGGCAUGAAGGGGGAGAUCGCCAAGGCCUACUCCGAGCUCAUCAAGCAGCUGUGGUCGGGCAAAUACAGCUACGUCACCCCGAGGCCUUUCAAGACCCAGGUGGGCCGCUUCGCCCCACAGUUCUCGGGCUACCAACAGCAGGACUCUCACGAGCUGCUGGCCUUUCUCCUGGACGGCCUUCACGAAGACUUGAACCGCAUCAGAAAGAAGCCCUACAUCCAGCUCAAGGACGCUAACGGCAGACCUGAUAAGGUGGUGGCGGAGGAGGCGUGGGAGAACCACGUCAAGAGAAACGACUCCAUCAUCGUGGACAUCUUCCACGGCCUUUUCAAGUCCACCCUGGUGUGUCCUGUGUGCGCCAAGGUCUCUGUGACCUUUGACCCUUUCUGCUACCUGACCCUGCCCCUGCCCAUGAAGAAGGAGCGGACACUGGAGGUCUAUCUGGUCAGACUGGACCCUAUGGCCAAACCCACACAGUACAAGCUGACCGUGCCGAAGGUGGGCUACAUCUCUGACCUGUGUACCUCGCUCUCCAACCUGGCCGAGGUGCCUGCUGAGAAGAUGAUUGUAACUGACAUCUAUAACCACCGUUUCCAUCGGAUCUUUGCCACCAACGAGAACCUCAGCAGCAUCAUGGAGAGAGAUGAUAUCUACGUAUUUGAGUUGGCGGUGAACCGGGUGGAGGACAUGGACCACGUGGUGAUCCCGGUGCACCUGAGGGAGAAGUACAAACAGUCGGGCUACAACCACACCAGCACGCCGCUGUUCGGACAGCCCUUCCUCCUCGCCGUCCCCAGAUCCCUCAGCGAAGACAAACUCUACAACAUGCUGCUGCUGCGCCUCUGCCGGUUUGUGCGAUCUUCAGUAGAGGAGGAGGAAGAGGACUGUGAGGAGACACAGCCGCCCAAACAACACACUGUCAACGGUAACGGCACUAAUGGACUGCUGGAGGAGGGGUCGCCGAGCGAGAUGGAGACGGACGAGCAGGACGACGAGUCCAGUCAGGAUCAGGAGCUGCCGUCUGAGAACGACAACAGCCAGUCGGAGGACUCCGUGGACAACGAGCUGGAGAACGGCGUGGUCGGCCCUCAGAACUCCACCAAAGGCCAGCAGACGGCCGGGCACAGCAGGAAGAGACUAUUUACAUUCCAGUUCAAUAACAUGGGGAAAACGGACUUCUCCCUCAUCAAGGAGGACACCCGGCAGAUCCGCUUCGACGAGGGACACCUCCGACUCAGUGACCGCUCUUAUCUCUCCUUGGACUGGGAACCAGAGAUGAAGAAGAAGUACUUUGACGAGACCGUCGUCGAGGACUUUGACAAGCACGAGAGCAUGGAGUACAAGCCUCAGAAGAAGGCGUUCUUCAAGCUGAAGGACUGCAUCGAACUGUUCACCACGAAGGAGAAACUGGGAGCAGAGGACCCCUGGUACUGUCCGGACUGUAAGCAGCACCAACAGGCCACUAAGAAGCUGGACCUGUGGUCUCUGCCGCCGGUCCUGGUGGUCCACCUGAAACGCUUCUCCUACAGUCGCUACAUGAGGGACAAACUGGACUCCCUUGUUGAUUUCCCACUCAGAGACCUGGACAUGUCUGAGUUCCUGAUCAACCCCAACGCCGGGCCCUGUCACUACGACCUCAUUGCUGUUUCCAACCACUACGGCGGGAUGGGCGGAGGCCACUACACGGCGUACGCCAAGAACAAAGACGACGGAAAGUGGUACAACUUUGAUGACAGCAGCGUGUCCCCUGCCAACGAAGAUCAAAUAGUGUCCAAAGCGGGCUACGUGUUGUUCUACCAGCGCCAGGACACGGUGAAAGGCACCGGCUACUUCGCUCUAGACCACGAGGAAGAGGAGGAGGACGAGGAGGAGGAGGAAGGAGAGGAUGAGGAGAACGGAGGCGAGGAGAGGCUGGAGAGAAAGACUGCCUCCUCCUCUCAGGGUGCCUCGAACGCCGCCGCCAGUACCUCUGCAGCCGCUUCUGCAGCCAACGCCUCUGCAGCCAACGCCUCUGCAGCCGCCGCCUCUCAGAGUGACGAGGAGGACCUGAACGAAAACCGGCGCAGGAAGAACGACAACGAUCAGGGGAAUGAGGAGGAGGAGGAAGAAGAGGACGAAGAGGAGGAGGAGGAAGAGGAGGAGCAGGCGCCCAAUCGAGACGUCACCAUGAAAACCAACUGAGGCAAACAAGGACACGGAUAUAUGGAGAGAGAGACUAGGAUCUUUCCAUCCAAAGCCAUAUGGACACAGCAUGGCAGCGGGCGCCACCAGCCUCGGCCAGCGGCUCGGACUCGGCCGCUCGACAGGCUGAGCCACCGCGGGGGCGACGGCUGUUCGGUCAGGGAGCUGCCGCGGUACGCAACUCUAAAGAAAUCAGGGCCCUCCUCUGUGGUUGGAUCACUGUGUGUGUGUGUGUGUGUGCAAAGUGUGCAAAGUGUGUGUGAGUGUCGCCACGUCCAUUCGUUUAGGAUUCACCUGAAAAGAGUCACUGAAUGACAUCAGGGGGGGGCGGGUUUAGAGGCUGCACGGUGCAGCGCUCUUAAUCGCCCUCUUGCUUUUUGUGUUUUUUUUAUAUAUUUUUGAGAGCAAUGCAUAUCAUUUUAUUAUCAUUUAGACCUUGUAAAUAUUUUAAACACUGAAUUAUAUCGGGUUUUCAUGAUGCGCUGAAACAUUUUUGAACUUGCACAAUCACCAACCAUCCACCCCUUUUUUUUAUGUGUUAUUGCCAGACAUACUGCAAUUGUGUAACAAUAACGUCGUCUCUCAGAGGGUUCGCUCACAUUAAAAAGCUUAGGAAGCUGCCUUUAGUCGAGCUAGUGUACAGUCUAGACUCAACGUAGAGACGUGAUGCUCAUAGCUGGUUUUAUAACGUGUUGAAAACAGCCAAACUGUCCUAGCUUUGUGCUGCUGCUGCUGCUACUACUGCUGUGAUCUUGCAUUUUUAGACACAUUAUUCGUGUAUCAGCAUGAACCUUUAAGGUCCUGCUUUUUGCUGUCUCUCUCUCUGGUCUCCUCUGUUGAUCAUUUCUUAAAAUAAAAGCAGGAUUUAAGAAGUUAUCCAGCUAACUUUGCAAAAAAAAAAAUGAAACGGAUUCUAAUUUUAUCUGCAAAAAUGAAUUGUUAAAAGGUGUUUCACUCUGUCUUAACUCAACAUACUGUGCAGGGAUCGCAACAAAUAAUCUGUUUUUAAAAAAAGUUAGCUGGCCGGCUCAGAUCCCUACGCCGCGAAUCUCCUCUUUUUUAAGUUAUUCAUAGGUGGCGUUUUAAAGCUUUACCACGGCUCCGCUCUCCUCUUUCAUAAUCGAGGCACUGCGAGAUUAGAGAACAUCGGUGAUUUCGCCGACAUCAGAUGGAUCAUCGUCUCCUGUUCGGAUCACCUCGGCCUUAACUCUUAAUCUCAGUCCGGUCGCCUUUUCUUUGCACAUCACUAUAUCACGCCGUCUUUCUCUCGCACCAACACUCUGUGUACGAAUGUCCGUAGUAUUAUUCGUCUGCUUGUUACAUCGCAGAUUUCUUUUACUCCACAAGAGGGCCAGAAUGUACGCUGAAUGGAAUGAACACUGACCAGAUGUAUGUGGUUGAUGCCUUUUUUGAUUCUUUACAGGGCCACAUUUCUUUUUCCCCUCUUCCUCUUUUUUUUUUUCAUGGCUCCCUUUCUUGGUUUGGUUGAAUGUGAUGGUUAUAGGUUCUUCGCCUUUGAUAUCAGCUGUAUGAAUUCAUGGGUCCCUUUCCAGAGGGGAGGUGGCUUCUCUGUGGUUCCGGAGCUUUGAGGGUGGGGGGACACAAAGUGAAAACCGGCGGGGUGAGUCUGCCUAAAAGGCCGAUCAGCUUUUUGGAAUCAUGAUACAGUGACAAUAUUUUGCGGCAGAUUGUUGCAGGAUAUUCCUCCAUCGGCGUAACUCCUGAUAAAACUCUAUUCUCCAUGGUGGAGUGUUAUGUUUUCUUUUUCUACCGGUUCUUCCAUUGUAAGCAGCAUUAGCGUACCUGUUGUUGCCUCAGAAUAUUCAACGUGUACCAUGCCUUUAUGAGCAUCUGUGUGCUUCAACUUCAUCGCCUCAGCCGCUGCCUCGCUUUUUGGGCGACUCACCCCACCUCCCCUGAAUCCUGACUGAGUGAGAUGUGAUUGCUACUAUAGGCUUAUACAAUACUGUACAUAAGAGUUCACUCUGUGAGUGCACAUUUGAUAAAGUUUAUUUAUUUAUAUGUAAGCAUUUAAUAAUAAACAGACAAUAUAUUUAAAACCUUGGCAAGACCUGAAAUGUCGGGGGUGAUUGGGGGGAUGGGGGGGGUAAUAUGUGGGGAAUCCACACACGUACACACACUAGUUUGCAGAAGUCUUGCCUGUGCUCUCGUCAGGGAGGGAAUAUUUUUAAAAAAAGGAUGGUUCUGUUUGUUUUUGGGACGUUUUUUUGUAAACAUAAUCAAGACAUCCUUGCAUGACGACAUAACGGGGGUUUCCAGGUUUGGCUGCACUUGAGUUCACUUGGGUUUACAUUUGAAAUGUGCAUGUGUAUUUAUACACAAUAUUCAAUAAAGUUGUGUAAAGCUU